AAAGGUCAACAGAGUCUGCUCGAACUACCGAGCUCGAAAAGAGAACCAGAGUUCUCGAAAUGGCAAUGGGUAAAAUCCUUGCCCGCUUGAUUCCUGAUGACCCCCUAAUUCCUUUGCUAAACAGGGAUGCACAACCAGCUACGGUUGUUGCCACUCGAAACUCUCCCGCUCUGAGCAAUAUAAUAGUGCUGACCAAACCAAGUGGAAGUGGGAAGUUAAAUAACGAGCCUAGCUCUUCCAAACACAAUGAAGAACUACUCAAGCACGAGCUCGAGCUGCCAAGCUCAAAAGCACGGUGUAAAACUCAAGCACAAGCUGCUGAGCUCAAAGGCAUGAUGCAGAGCUCCAACGCGAUUUGCCGAGCUCUAAAGCAUGAUGAACUUGAGCACGAUUUGCCGAGUAUGAGAUGCCAAGUUGCAAGCAUCCUACCCGAGGUCGAGCUAAACGAUAUGGAGCAUGAGCUGCAGAGAUGCAAAUAUCCUACCCAAGGUCGACCUGAAAGAUAUGACAGGGCCGAGCAAGAUCCAAAUCUCCAUUUGGUGAGCUCUUACAUCAGUGUUUUCCUUGAGCUUGCCCCAAGACCUCGUCAACAGAUGAGCAGGGCCGAGCAAGAUCCAAAUCUACAUUUGAUGAGCAGGGCCGAGCAAGAUCCAAAUCUCCAUUUGGUGAGCUCUUACAUCAGUGUUUUCCUUGAGCCUGCCCCAAGACCUCGUCAACAUAUGAGCAAGGCUGAGCAAGAUACAAAUCUCCAUUUGCUUCUUGGUUCCAAGUUGUCACUCUCAGCUUUCUCAGCUUCUUGGUUCUCGGUUGUCACUCUUAGCUUCCUAGUUCCAGGUCGUUGCUCUCAUCUUAUAGGUUGGAAAUCUCAAAUCAAGUCAAAUGGACAAGUCAAGUCCACCAAUAAAAUCGUCUUGCGAGCCCUCAAGACACGUGUUUUAGCUGCACAUUCUAAUUGGGUUAACAAGCUCAAUAAAGUGCUUUGGUCAUGUCGCACUACACCCAGCUCGGCCUCAGGCGAAACCCCAUUCAAUCUUACCUAUGGAGCUGAGGCCGUCAUCCCUGUAGAGGUCGGAUUGCCAUCUGAUAGAGCAGGUCGGCACAACGAUCCUAACAAUGAGCAACUUUUAAGAGAGAAUCUAGACCUUGUGGAAGAGGUCAGGGAGAUGUUUCGAAUAAGAAACAUGGCGCAUCAAAGUCGUGUCACUAAUGCUUACUCGUAUAUGGGGAAACUUGCACCGAAAUGGGAAGGUCCUUAUAUGAUUAUUCAUGUUAAGCGACCUAGGUCAGCCAUAAGCUUCAGAGGUCGAGCACAAAGUGCAAAAAUCAAACACGAGCUGCCGAGGUCAACCAUGAGCUGCAAAGGUCGAGCACGAAGUGCAGAGCUCAAACAUGAGCUGACAAGGUCAAACACGAGCUGCAGAGCUCAAACACUUGCUGUUGAGGCCAAGCAUGAAGUACAGAACUUGAACACGAGGCGCAGAGGUCAAGCAUGAGCUGAAAGAUGUGCAGCACAAGCUGCAAGGUGUCAACACCCUCAAAUUAGAGAUCUUUUCAGAGACUCCAAAUUCGAAGUCUUUAAAGAUCAAGUCGUAACAAAUUGGAGAUUCACCU